AGCCAACACAUGAUGUCGAAAAGGCCUGCGCUCUCGCGCGCGAUUUCCGACCGCUUCAGAGAUUUCGGUGCGAUUCAAGAGGCGCUUAGGAACAUGAACCUCGAGUCGUCGAAUUUAAUGUUUGCAAUUGACUACACGACUGCGAAUCUGACUUGCGGUGAACAGAGUUUCGAUGGCAACUGCCUGCACUCGAUAGAUUCGAGCGGAGAGACCCUAAAUCCCUAUCAGGAAGCACUGACCCGACUAGGUCGCGUACUGGUAGAGUUUGACGAUGACCGCAGUAUUCAGGUAUCUGGUUUCGGAGACGCCAAGACCCCGGGAAAUGAAAUUUUCAGCUUCACGCCUGAGAAUCCCAUGGACGGAUGCAAGAGCUUUAACGAAAUUUGGCAACGUUAUCAUGACCUCACACCAACGAUUGAAUUCGGAGAAAAGUCUGCGAAUCUUGGCCCCGUGAUUCGACACGCGACGGCUAUAGCACGUGAGGUCACGGGUUUCCACAUGCUGAUCAUCCUCGUGGGAAGUCACUUGGCAAACGAGCACCUGGUUGAUACCGCACAGGCAAUUGUGGACGCGUCGACGCUCCCUCUAUCGAUCAUAGUGAUCGGAAUGGGAGAUGGCCCCUGGGACAACAUGAAGGUGCUGGACGAUCACCUUCCACAGCGGCAAUUCGACAACUUUAACUUUGUCAACUUCCAGAAGGUGCGGCACACAGCGACGGAGGAGCGGAAGGUCUUGGUGCAGCGGAUUCAGGACGACAAUGCCGAGCCAGCGGCGGCGCUGUGCGAACUGGACCCACUCGACCUUCUGUUCACGUUGCAGAUUAUGAUGGAGGUACCGGUGCAGUACGAAUGCAUGUGCAAGUUGAACCUCCUCUAG